UGGUUCAUUUGCAUAAUUGAGUUAGUUACCAUUUGCGUUAUCUACAAUGAAAACCAUCACAGACCAAGAAACCAUCAAACCAUCAUCCCCAACACCCCCUCACCUCAACCGUUAUAAUCUUUCAUUCAUAGAAUGCAAGAUGCCGAACAUUCACUUGCCAGUGAUUUUCUUCUACGAAAACAACACCAAAAAUCAUGACGUCAUCAACAACUUAAAAAAAUCUUUGUCAAAUUGUUUAACAAAAUACUAUCCAUUCGCGGGUAGGCUCCCAUCACCGUCUCCUGCGUCUUACGUUGAAUGUAACGAUGAAGGAGUCGAGUUCUUGGAAGCUUCCAUCGAUCUUCCACUCCAAGAAUUCGUUCUCAAAAGAGACCCAGACGAUACCGUAGUUAACAAACUCGCUCCUGACCUUGGUAUCGAAAGUAAUCGUUUGCUGGAGGUCCAAGUGAACCAUUUUUCUUGCGGUGGAUUUGCGGUGGGUGUUUCACUCUCACAUAAAGUUGCUGAUGGUUCCUCGGUGGCGAAUUUCGUUAACUAUUGGGCGACUGUUACACGUGGUGGAUCGCCAAUAGAUCCAACUUUCAUUUCUUACCCCGUAAGAGACUUAGAUAAUAAUAAUAAUCAAGGUGGUCGGUCUCAUGAUGAUCGUAUGAAAUCACAAUCCAAAGAUAAGUAUUCAACAAAAAGAUUUGUGUUUUCGAACUCAAAAUUAAAUGAUCUAAAAAACAAGAUAAAUAAUAUGAAUGUAACUCCAUUGAACCCUAGUCGGGUUGAAUCAUUAGCAUCUCUACUGUUUAAAUGUGCGGUGAAUGCCGCCACAACAAAAACAGGUUCUUUCAAGCCUUCAAAGUUGAGUCUCACUAUAAACAUGAGAGAAAAGGUUAUUAGUACCGCUUCUCUUAAUAAUGUGGUAGGAAACGUAGUAAAUCUAGCCGUUGCGAAGAUGGCAACGGAUGAUAUCCAAUUAAACGAGGUGAUAACGAGUUUGAGGAAAGAUAGAAUGGAGAUGCAAGGAGGAAUAAUAAAAGAUGUUGAUGAAAAUGGGGAAAUGUUUAUAAAAAGGAAAAUGGGCUUAGUACUAGACCAAAGUCAUAGGACUUAUACAUGUACUAGUUUAUGUAACUCUCCGAUUUAUAAGGUGGAUUUUGGAUGGGGAAAGCCAGUGCGUGUAAUUAGACCAACUGAUAAAUGGGAUACAGCUAGCUAUUUAAUUUUCAUGGAUACGGCUUCUGGAGAUGGAAUUGAAGCAACAGUGAAAUUGAUUGAAGAAGAGAUGAAUAUUUUUCAAAAUGACAAAGAGUUUCUGGCAUUUGUCCAAGACUAGCAGCUAGCUUCAUUAUUGUGAUAGCUGAAGAAGGUAUAUGCUAGCUAGUAAUUUCUUAAAAUAAAAUAGUUUCUUUAAGAUGAUAAUAAUGGUCAACGUUUGUUUUGUGUUGAAGUACUUCUUUUGGCAUUCGUUCCUUGUCUACUUUUACUUCUUUGCUAGCUUGAUUUAUCUAUUUUUGUUAAAA